GCCUUCCUGUCAAGAAAAAAGAUAAAUUAUUAGAAAAUACCAUUUCAUCAAAAUUGUAUUUCGUUGACCUUCCACACCUUGGUCAAAAACUUUCUUUUGAAAUCACUGUUGGAAUGAAUGGUCGUGUUUGGAUGUCCUCCGAUUCAAUUAAAAAUAUAAGCUUGGUAUAUGGUGUUCUUAAACAAGCGGAGACACUGAAUAAUGAUGAAUGCAAAAAUCUGAUUAGCAAUUUG